AUGGUCGUCUUUGUUGAUUCUGAUAUAUUAAAUGAGUUUGACAACUCAUUUAAAGAGUCAUCCCUUCUUGUGCUGGCAAACUUCAUCGAGGGUGAGAUCUGCAAGGUGCUACAGGUGGGGGACGAGCUCCAGAAGUUGCAGGAGACGCUGGAGAGGAUCGGCGGUUUCUUGGAAUCCGCAGAACGGAAGAGGCUCACGGACUCCGACAUCGGCAGAUGGGUGAGAGAGCUGAAGGACGUCAUGUACGACGCCGACGACAUCAUCGACCUCUGCAUAGUCAAAGGUGAGAGGCUGUUGGAAGGCCAGCCUCUGGCUUCAGCUAUAAGCUUCUCCUUCGCUUCCCCUUGUUCUUACUUCAGAUGCGUGAAGCUUCGCCAUCAAAUCAGUAGCAAGAUCCAAGGGCUCAAUAGCAGACUGAAGCAGAUCAAGGAGGACAGGUCAAUUCUUCCGAGACUAGAGCAAGUUCCCCAAGAACAUAGAGCAAGCUCCCGAGAAACGUCUUUCCUAGAGGUUAAGACUGACGUCGUAGGGACACGGGUGGAAGAUGAUGCCCGAAAUCUAAUCAAGUUGAUACUGGAGAACGACAAACAAAAGUAUCGGGUAUUCGGGAUUGUCGGUAUGGGUGGGAUUGGCAAGACCACUCUGGCACGGAAGAUAUACAACGAUGAAUGGAUAAAGGAGAACUUCCCCAUACGAAUUUGGUUGUAUGUCUCCAACAAUUACUCGGAGAACCAGUUGCUGAAAGAGGUAAUUAGAUGUGCAGGAGGGGACACUGAUGGUUUUGAAUCCGCAGCGACACUUCAGACUCGAGUAGUCUCUCUCCUGUCGACAAACUCCCUUAUAGUACUGGAUGACGUAUGGUGUUCAGAUGUGUGGGAGAAUUUACUCAGGAAACCUGUAAUGAAUGGAGAAGGUAGCAGCAAGAUCGUGGUUACCACCAGAGAUGCCGGCAUCGCCAGAAGCAUGAAUGCUUGCAUCCACCAUGUUGAGCAAAUGGACGAAGAGAGUGGCUGGGAACUGCUCCGAAAGAUGGCUCUCGGAGAUGGUACGGAGGAUGAGAUCUCUACGUUGAAAGAGAUUGGGGUUGAGAUCGUCAAAAGAUGCGACGGGCUUCCUCUUGCAAUCAAAGUUAUCGCAGGGGUUCUUAGAAAGGCAGAGGCGAGCAAGGAAGCGUGGGAAGCGGUUCUCAGAAGUGACUCGUGGCAUAUGAACCAGAUCGACAAGGAGGAGCUACCGGCGGCUUUGCACUUGAGCUACGCCGACCUACCGUCUCAUCUCAAACCAUGCUUCCUUUACUGUUCUUUGUACAUACCCUACAGCAUUAGUUGUCACGAUCUUGCUCGGGCUUGGGUGGCCGAAGGAUUCAUUGGAGCAGAUGAUGGAGAAAGAUUAAUGGAGGAUAUAGCCGAGGACUACUACUGGGAGCUGAUCUCCAGGAACCUUCUACAACCAGAUCCGAGAAGUAUGGAUGGGGACCGGUGCACGAUGCAUGAUCUCCUGAGGUCCCUCGCUCACUUUUUGAUGGAAGGAGAGGGCAUUUUGUUCAACGAUGGUGCCAGGUUGCAUACGAGCCCUCUGACAAAGGUCCGUCGGCUGUCGAUGGUUAACAUCGGCGAAAGAUUACAACUUCCUGAAGUGAUACUGAAGCAGAACUGCUUGAGGACCUUAAUUCUCCACGAAUCUCCCAAGACCAGGAUGGUCAAUGAUGUACUUGUAAGGUUAGAGCAUCUACGAGUCUUGGACGUGUCCGAUUCAUGCAUCGAGGGCCUUCCGGAUUCCAUCGGCAAGCUGUUGCAUCUGAGGUACUUGGAUCUUGAUCGAACCAACAUACGAAGGAUACCAGAAUCCAUUGGAAGCCUUGCAAACCUGCAAACCCUGAACAUCGCCGAGUGCAAAUGCUUGGAUCAACUUCCCAAGUCCAUCAUGAUGCUGCGCAGUCUGAGAUGUCUUCGGCUCAAGCGUACACCACUCACCCAUCUGCCGAAAGGGAUAAGCAAAUUGGAGAACCUCAUCGCUCUCGGAGGACUAAUCAUCGGCUGUGGCGAGUACGCGACCGGACCUGACGAGGGGUGCCAGUUGGAGGAGCUGCGAUCUCUAUCCAAGCUGAGAUAUGUGAGGAUACACAACUUGGAGAGGGCAGUUGAAGGAGGAGGCGAAGUGCUCGCGAACAAGCCCUUCCUCAAGCGUUUGCUUCUGUCAUGGGACAAUCAAGCACCAGUGUGGCAGGAGCAGAUGCAGAGAGCAGAGGUGACGUGCGACUCGCUGUGCCCUCCACCCAGCUUACGCGAGUUGAACAUUAAGGAGUUCCCAUAUCAGCGGUUCCCGAUCUGGUUUCGUUCAGCCUCCGUGGAUGCUUCUUUCCCUAACCUGUCGUAUUUGAUGCUCAGUCACUUCCCUUCAUGUGCAGAGCUUCCUCCUCUGGGCCGGCUGCCGAAGCUAAAAUUCCUUUCUAUUAGGGAGGCAGAUGCGGUUGUGGCCAUUGGGCCUGAAAUCCUCGGCCAUAUUCCUCCAGGAGCUGCCGCGUUCCCCAAACUGGAGGUGAUGCAGUUCGUUGACAUGCGCAACUGGGAACAAUGGUCAUCAUGCAUGACAGAGGAAGACAGUCAUGGAGAAAGACUUCAACUGCUGCCUAAUCUACAGAAGUGUUAUCUCAUCGACUGUCCAAAGCUGGCAGCUGUUCCAGGAGGCCUACGUCGUGCCACGAGAUUGAAGUUGCUUAAGAUUCGGAGUAAUCACAGAUUGACGGAGAUCAUGAACCUGGCCUUCUUGGAUGAGCUCCAUGUCAAUAGUAAUCAAGGCUUGCAAAGGAUAUCCGACCUUCCUUCGCUGAGGUAUCUGGCGAUCAGCGACUGCCCGCAGAUGGUGUGUGUGGAGAAUCUCGACUCGCUGCAGCACCUGGUCCUUGAAUGCUCGCCAUCAACGGUGCAUCUUCCUCGGUGGUUGCCGCUGCUGAUGGAGCAGCACCGGAGCGAAGGUGCGAGUUUCAAGAAAUUUGAGUUGCAGUGCAGCUUACCGCUGCUGGAGAGUUGCCGCCGGAACGAGGCGAAUUGGGAUGUUGUGCAGCAGAUCCCAGAUGUCAGAAUCCGUACCAAAGAUGGCAGCAGAUUCAUAUGGUACACGAAGGAUCCUCAGCUGUAUAGUACAAAUGCAGGAUUAGCAUGAGAGAAGCCUCGUCGUCGUUCCUGUUAGUCUUCUUGUCUGUUCUUCCUUUUGGUGUGUAGCGUUUGCUGCAUGUGCUUUGAGUUCUUGGCGUUGAAUCUGCCAUUUCUGUCGGAUCUGUGCUAAUAUGACUGGUGCAAGUGACACCAUCGUCUCUCCACGCUCCUCUCGUUGCCGCCGACCUCCUUGUUGACACCACCCUCGGGCUUGGAUAGCCUAAGCAUUCGCUGUUCCGACCAGUACCUCUUCCUCGGCGGAGAAGAAGGUCCUUUGUGUUGUACUCUUGUCUACUGUUGAUUAACGGUUGAGAUUAAACCAUUUUUUCGUUCAA